GUCGUACGUGGAUAUGUUGGAUGCUGAAGAAGAAGAGUUGUUGUGUUUAUUAUUGCUGAAUAAAAGAUCACGCAGGAGAAAGUGCAGUGUCCGUACUUUACAUUUAAGUAGGCACAGAGAUGGCGAAUACAAUACUCUUGUGAGACCAAUGCGUGCACUGGACGAGGAAAUGCACUUCAGGUAUUUCAGGAUGUCUGUACAGCGGUUCGACGAUUUGUUGCAUCGUAUCAAGCCAUAUGUGGAACAUAGAAGAACCCACAUGAGCCCAGUAAGUCUGCAGGAAAGAUUGGCUGUAACACUUCGUAUUCUUGCAUCUGGUAGCAAUCAGAAAUGUGUUGCCUCCAGUUAUAAGUUGGGAUCGACCACAGUUUCACUUAUUGUGAGUGAGGUUUGCAAAGCUAUCUGGCUCGCUUUGAAAGACGAUUUUGUAUCCCCACCAAAAGACAAUCAGUGGCAUGAUAUCAGGCAGGACUUUUGGAGAGUGUGGAACUUUCCCAACUGCUUGGGGAGUGUGGAUGGGAAACACAUCCUAAUUAAGGCACCACCAAACGCUGGAAGCGACUAUUAUAACUAUAAAGGAAGUCAUUCCAUUGUUCUCAUGGCAGCUUGUGAUGCAAAGUAUCGUUUCACCAUGGUGGACAUUGGCUCAUAUGGACGUGAAAGUGAUGGUGGGAUUUUCAAGGACAGUAUUUUUGGAUCCAGGCUUCUUCAGAACACCCUUGAUCUGCCACAGCACGAAAAUCUGCCCUGCACCAACGUCAAGCUGCCACAUGUGUUCCUGGGAGAUGCUGCAUUUCCUCUUCAUGUGAACUUAAUGCGUCCAUAUCCUGGUGUUAACUUGGAUGAUGCUCGAAAAGUGUACAACUAUAGGCACUCACGGGCCAGACGUGUGAUUGAAAACACUUUUGGAAUCCUUGCUGCACGCUGGAGGAUUUUGGGUCGUCCAAUGGAGUUCUACCCAGAGAAAGUGGUCGACGUUGUGAAGGCAUGUGUGGCUCUACACAACAUGUUAACACUCACGGAUGCUGCCACAUCUGCUGCAUCCAGGUACAUUCCUCCACAAUUUGCUGAUGGGACCACAGCAUCAGGAGAACACAUGCCAGGAGAAUGGAGAACAAUUGUGUCAGGAGACUGCAGCAUGGUUGACGCAGGAAGACUAUCAAGUGCACGAGCAUCACGUGCUGCAAUAGCUGUGAGAAAUGACUUGAUGUCAUUUUUUCUUACGCAACAGGGACUUGUACCUUGGCAGGACGCUGUUAUCAAAAAGGGCUGUUUGCAAUAAUGCACAGUAUUGAGUGCAAGUAAUUGAACAUUUAGGUUUUUGUGUUGUGCAAUUGCUUUUUUCUUAAAUGUUUAUUGUUUUAGUAUACAUUUCUUUUUAACAACAUUUGUAAUAAAUACAUUUUUAUCAACAUGACAACUUGGUCUGUGUCUUUAUUAUUGUUUUCUAAAAAUAUAAAAAAGUCACACAUUAAAAUCCAUCACUACUUACUCACAAAUGUAAAAGUCAUCUUUGGUUAAAAACAUCUUGCACUAACAUUACAUAUAUAUCAGUGGCAUUGUUUUUGUCUUAACAUAUACCCCAGUAUUGUUUUUGUAAUGUAUGUUUGUUAAAACUACGUAAAACUCCUAAUAUAACUAAGGCCUCAUACUGAAUUAAAGUAUAUUAUGUUUUUUAAAUGUUACCUUUAUCUUUUGAAACAAAAGAACAGGCUAAUCACUGUCUGUCACAUUUGUAGUCGUCCUGUUUAUUCAAGAUGAUAUAUUCUAC